CCUGAUCUUUCAAGGAUAACUCCUCCCAUUACUUCAUUUACAUGAAAGACCUCAAGAAAACUCGAUUCACUGCAGCCUUGCACAGCAUCAAGAAAUCAUUGUUUCGAAAACCUCGCAAGAAUUAAAGGGUGAAUUUAAAGCAUAGUCGCCUUUGAAAUAAGUCAUUGAAGGUGUUUUCAACUUAACACAACUGUUCCAAAGAGAGAAAAACGCAUUUCAAAUUGAAAGUAUUGCGUUAAUACAGCAAUGAUGCACAAUAGAAUCCUGGUGACCUUUAUGGCUUUGGUAUUACCAGUUUAUGUGGAAGCGAUCCAUGGGAUGUACCCGUUCGGCCAUCCUGAAUUAUUUUACAAGAAGAGUAAUUGCAAGCCCAUCCCGACCACCCUGCAUCUGUGCCACGACAUUGAGUACUCAGAAAUGAGGCUGCCCAACUUGCUGGGGCACGAGACCAUGAAGGAGGUCCUCCAGCAAGCAUCCUCUUGGAUCCCCCUGGUCCAAAAGCAGUGCCACCCUGACACCAAGAAGUUCCUUUGUUCUCUUUUUGCUCCGGUGUGUUUGGACGAACUGGACGAACCGAUACAGCCGUGUAGAACGCUCUGUGAGCGCGUGGAACAGAGCUGCGCUCCGGUUAUGUCUGCUUUUGGCUACCCCUGGCCCGACAUGUUAAAUUGCAGCCGCUUCCCAGAAGACAACGAUCUGUGCAUCCCUCCAGCAAUUGUCGAUCAUGUUGUGCCAACUACAAAAGUGCCCAAGGUGUGCGACGCCUGCAAAGACAAGGAAGAGAACGACAACGAGAUUAUAGAAAAUCUUUGUAAAAAUGAUUUCGCCCUAAAGAUAAAAGUGAAGGAGAUCUCGUACAUCAACGGAGACACCAAAAUCAUCCUGGAUACAAAGAGCAAGACCAUCUACAAGCUGAAUGGCGUGACGGAACGAGAUCUGAAGAAGAAUGUGCUCUGGCUCAAAGACGGCCUGCAGUGUACUUGCGAUGAAAUGAAUGACAUCAACGCCCCCUAUUUAGUGAUGGGACAAAAGCAGGACGGGAACCUGGUCCUAACCUCUAUAAAAAGAUGGCAACGAGGGCACAGAGAGUUUAAGAGAAUCUCUCGCAGCAUUCGCAAACUGCAGUGUUAAUUAAGCACACCCCUCAACGCCCUUGCUUUUCCCUUUAGUAACAAUAAUUAUCCUUCUGCACUUCUGAAGCACUCUGCAGGCUUUUCAACAGUUUACAUAUCGUGGGAGCCAAUGUUAAUGAUGCUCAGAGGUUAUCAGCAUAUCAAAUAUCGACCCAUUUAUAAAAUAAUCAGAAAAGAAGGCUCCAUUACAGUGCAUUUACAUUAACACUAUAUAUAUAUAUAUAUAUAUAUAUAUAUAUAUAUAUAUAUAUAUAUAUAUAUAUAUAUAUAUAUAUAUAUACAUACAGUGCCUUGCAAAAGUAUUCAGACCCCUGACAAAUUCUCUCAUAUUACUGAAUUACAAAUGGUACAUUGAAAUUUCAUUCUGUUUGAUAUUUUAUUUUAAAACACUGAAACUCAAAAUCAAUUAUUGUAAGGUGACAUUGGUUUUAUGUUGGGGAAUAUUUUUAAGAAAAAUAAACAACUGAAAUAUCUUGCUUGCAUAAGUAUUCAACCCCCACACAUUAAUAUUUGGUAGAGCCACCUUUCACUGCAAUAACAGCUUUAAGUCUUUUGGGGUAAGUAUGUACCAGCUUUGCACACAGUGUCGGAGUGAUUUUGGCCCAUUCUUCUUGGCAGAUUUGCUCCAGGUUGUUCAGGUUGGUUGGACGACGCUUGUGAUCCGCAAUUUUCAAAUAGUGCCACAGAUUCUCAAUGGGAUUGUUUUUGUUCUUGAGCCACUGUUGCUUUGGCCUUGUGCUUGGGAUCAUUGUCCUGCUGAAAGGUGAAUUUCCUCCCAAGCUUAUUUUUUUUAGCGGACUGAAGCAGGUUCUCUUGCAGUAUUUCCCUGUAUUUUGCUCCAUCCAUUCUUCCUUCAAUUUUAACAAGAUGCCCAAUCCCUGCUGAUGAGAAGCAUCCCCACAGCAUGAUGCUGCCACCACCAUACUUCACUGUAGGGAUGGUGUGUCUUGAGGCAUGGGCAGUGUUAGGUUUGCGCCACACAUAGCGCUUUGAGUUUUGGCCAAAAAGCUCUAUCUUGGUCUCAUCUGACCACAAAACCUUUUCCCCACAUCGCAGCUGGGUCACUCUCAUGCUUUCUGGCAAACUCCAGACGUGCUUUCAGAUGGUACUUUUUGAGUAACGGCUUCUUUCUUGCCACUGUGCUCACUGGGAUAUCCAAACACGUGGAUAUUAUUUUGUAUCCUUUCCCUAAUCUAUGCAUUUGUACUACUUUAUCUCUAACUUCUGUAGAAUGCUCUUUGGUCUUCAUUUUCCUUCAGAUUCACAGCCAGACUAAUGAUCCUUCAACAGUAGGGUUUUUAUCCAGAAAAUGUGACAGCAAUUUUAAUGGUUCACAGGUGGAGGCUAAUGGUAAGGUAAUUGUGUCCUCGUUAGGGCAAUUUCUUUCAUCGGUGUAAACUGGGAGCUUCCACAGCACAGGGGUUGAAUACUUAUGCAAGCAAGAUAUUUCAGUUUUUUAUUUUUCUUAAAAAAUAUUUUCCAACAUAAAUCCAAUGUCUUACAAUAAUUGAUUUUGAGUUUCAGUGUUUUAAAAUAAAAUAUCAAACAGAACGAAAUUUCAAUGUACCAUUUGUAAUUCAGUAAUAUGAGAGAAUUGGUCAGGGGUCUGAAUACUUUUGCAAGGACGCCUUUAUCCAAGGCGACUUACAGAGACUAGGGUGCGUGAACUAUGCAUCAGCUGCAGAGUCACUUACAAUUACGUCUCACCCGAAAGACGGAGCACAAGGAGGUUAAGUGACUUGUUCAGGGUCACACAAUGAGUCAGUGGCUGAGAUGGGAUUUGAACUGGGGACCUCCUGGUUACAAGCCCUUUUCUUUAACCACUGGACCACACAGCCUCCUAUAUAUAUAUAUAUAAGUCAAGCGACAAUUAAAAUAAUGCAUUAAAAAAAUAAAAACAUUUAGGAAACAUUUAGUUUUUGAUUUCUGUCUUGUCUGUCGCCAGAUUGUGGUGGUGAAAUACAGUUUUAUUUUAACAACUGCAUGAUAAGGGGUGUGUUUCACUAUAACACUUAACAUUUUUUUUCACAUAUGAACCAUUUAAAUAUGUUGUCUAUGUUUUGUGCCUAAAAGUACAGUAUUAGCCUUACUGUAAUAUAGUCUGCUCAAGAGUUGUAAAAUACUGCUUUAGCUUACACUGUAAAUAUUUCUGAUAAACAUUUUAUUCUUGUAUAUAUGUUUUGAACUGUCAAUUUUGUUUACUUUACACUUAUAAUACUUUUUUGUAGCCCUCCCCGUUAACAUUUCAUUUUGGCUUGAAACUAAAGAAUUAAUCAAUCAAAACAUUUUAAAGAUAUCUAUUUUAGAUGCACAAAAAAUGUUUCCUUACAUAAACAUCAGUCUGACAGUGUAAAGUAUAUAGGCCUGAACAUUAAAAGGUGUUUAAAAUCUAUUGCAAAUUUUUAAACAUUUGGAUUUACAUUGUGGAUAAAACUGGGUAGAACAACUAUAUCAGUUUCCAUUGAUUAUCUUGCAACAACAAAGUGAAAAAUAUGCGUUGCACCCCAGUUAGCUGAAAUUAAUUUAAUGUAAUCUGAUGUAUUAACCAAUGUGUAGGCUUAGCUUAUGUUUGCCGUAUGCAGUACCUAUUUUCGUGUGUUUAUACCAAAUAAACAAAAACAUGUAUUUAAAAGCA